AUGAUUACAAGGGCGACGGGGCGGAUCAAGACGGACGGGGCCCGGUUGUUUUCGGGAGGGUUUGCGGCGCUGAUCCAGCGGAACAAGCUCCCGCCACGCCCCAAAAUAAAAGAAGAAGAGAUCACAGAGGUUUUUAUCAAAGGUGGAGGCAAUGGCGGCCAAAAGAUCAACAAAACGAACUCAAAGGUUCAACUAAAGCAUAUACCUACGGGGAUAGUUGUAGAGUCACAGUUUUCGAGGUCACGAGAAGACAAUCGAAAGCGGGCCAGGGAGAUUUUAGCUAUGAAGUUAGAAGAGAUCGAGCUGGGAGACAAAAGUCGAGCCGCCGUGGUUGGAGAAUACAAACGGCAAAAGGCCCGCAAAAAGAAACAAAGGGGCAGAAAACGUCAAAGGGAGCGGGAAGAAACCCAGGAGUUGCCGCAUAAUGGCGAGUCUACAGUAUAA